UUUCUCUUAUCGGGCGCGCGGUACCAGACGCAGCCAAUAGGCGAUAGACCCGCCCACUAGCAGCAGGACGGACGCGGCCGUCAGCCAAUCAAAGGCGGACGAGCGGAACCCGCCAACUGCGCGAGACCUCAACUACAGAACUGAACACGAUAAAAUUUCAAUCUCCUUAGACAUUUACAUCAUAUGUGACUGAUAUCAUCGCGUCUCUUAUAAAUCUGCAGCACUGAUAUAACCUCCAGAAACAUUUUCCACAUACAUGGUCACACACCAUGGGGCAUCUUUCGGCUGGCCUGUGGGUGUUCUGCACCCUCUCUGCCAUUAUUCCAGGAUGGACACAACAAACCCCCCAGCCCAGCAGUCGUGCCCCAACACAGAACACUAAUCUGAAGUUUCGCCUGGCUGGAUACCCACGAAAACACAAUGAGGGACGGAUAGAAGUCUUCUAUAACCAGGAAUGGGGCACCAUUUGUGAUGAUGACUUUACUAUGGAGAACGCUCACAUUCUCUGCCGUCACCUGGGAUUUACUGAGGCAACAGGCUGGGCGCACAGCGCAAAAUAUGGGAAAGGAAUAGGUCGGAUCUGGUUGGAUAAUGUAAUCUGUUCAGGGGGUGAGAAGAGCAUCGCUGACUGCAAGUCCCGGGGCUGGGGCAACAGUGACUGCACUCACGAGGAGGACGCCGGGGUGAUCUGUAAGGAUGAGAGGAUCCCAGGAUAUGUGGAGCCCAACACCAUAGAGACAGAACAGAGGCAACUGGAGGAGAUCCGAUUGCGUCCUGUCGUUGCCACCGCCAAGAACCGUCUGCCCGUCAAUGAGGGCAUCCUAGAGAUCAAAUACAGCGAUAACUGGGAGCAGGUGUGUGAUGUAGGCUGGACACAGAAGAACAGUUAUGUAGUCUGCGGAAUGAUGGGAUUCCCCUCCGACAAGAAGUACAAUAAAAACUUCUACAAAUCCCCUCUUAAGAAAGACCCCCAAAAGAAGGACCUGAAGACCGACAACAGGCUCUAUCUGGACAGACAAAAGCCAUCCUUCCGCUUGCACUCUGUAAAGUGCUUGGGCACAGAAGUCCACUUGUCUCUGUGUCCCUUUGAAUAUUACAAGCAGAACAGCUCUGCAGCCUGUCAAGAUGGGGACCCGGUGGUUGUAAGUUGCGCUCUUGGGCCUAUAUACGUAGCUCAAAGCGCAGCACAGACACCAAUCAAGAAGAAGAAAGUGGUACAACAGCCGCAGCGUGAGGAGAUCAUCCGAUUGAAAGGGGGUUCUCGCCCCGGGGAGGGUCGUGUUGAAAUUUUGAAGAAUGGGCAGUGGGGCACUGUGUGCGAUGACCGCUGGGAUCUGCAAGCAGCCAGUGUAGUCUGUAGAGAGCUUGGCUUCGGAAGUGCGAAAGAAGCCUUGACUGGUGCUCGGAUGGGCCAAGGCAUGGGUGCCAUCCACAUGAAUGAGGUGAAGUGUACUGGAAAUGAAAAGUCUAUCUUCGACUGUCAGUACAAGAAUAUCACACAAGAGGACUGCAAGCACACCGAAGAUGCCUCCGUCAAGUGCAACACCCCGUACAUGGGCUAUGACAAGAUGAUUCGCUUGGCAGGGGGUCGGAGCCAGCAUGAGGGGCGGGUGGAGGUUUUGUGGGGACCUCGCGGAGAAGAGCGCUGGGGAUUUAUUUGUGGCGAAGGCUGGGGAACCAAGGAGGCUGCUGUUGUCUGCCAACAGCUUGGUCUAGGAUUUGUCAGCAGUGCCCUUCAGGAAACUUGGUAUUGGGAUGCCACAAAUGUAACGGAAAUGAUUUUGAGUGGAGUACGCUGCAGUGGCACAGAAAUGUCUCUCCAGCAAUGUUCCCGCCACAAGAGUGUCAGCUGCAAAAACACUGGCACCAGGCACGCGGCUGGAGUCAUUUGUUCUGAGACUGCCUCUGACCUGGUCCUACACGCCGCUCUUGUCCAGGAGACUGCAUAUAUUGAAGACCGUCCACUACACAUGUUGUACUGCGCAGCUGAGGAGAACUGCCUGUCCAGCACUGCCCGCCAUGCCAACUGGCCCUAUGGACAUAGACGGCUUCUACGUUUCUCCUCCCAGAUACACAACAAUGGCCGAGCGGAUUUUAGGCCCAAAGCUGGCAGACACUCCUGGGUGUGGCACGAGUGCCAUGGGCACUACCAUAGCAUGGACAUCUUCACUCACUAUGACCUGCUGACAUCCAACGGGACUAAAGUGGCUGAGGGGCACAAAGCAAGCUUCUGCCUGGAGGACUCCGAGUGCCAAGACUCGGUCAGUAAGAGGUAUGAAUGCGCCAACUUCGGGGAGCAGGGAAUCACUGUGGGAUGUUGGGAUUUGUAUCGUCACGACAUUGACUGUCAGUGGAUCGACAUAACAGAUGUGAAGCCAGGGAACUACAUUCUUCAGGUCGUCAUUAAUCCAAACUAUGAAGUGGCUGAGAGUGACUUCACCAACAACGCCAUGAAAUGUAACUGUAAAUACGAUGGGCAUCGAAUCUGGAUACACAACUGUCAUAUAGGUGACGCACUCAGUGAAGAGGCCAACAAGCUGUUUGAACAGUACAGGGGACAGCUCAACAACCAGAUCCUUUAACUCCAUUGCUACCAUUCCUUUACCUUUUGCAAAUGUGGUCCCAAGAAUUACCACCCAAGAAUCCCCCUCCAACAUGGCCUUUUAUGGGAGAGAUCGGCCAUUGCUGGGGGAAUGGUUGUCCACCACCUGGUGUCAUCUCGUACAUGCACCAUCCAUGUACUGGCCGCGUCUUCGCUUUUUGUGUUUAUCUCUUGGUGCCAGUCAAGUUGUUGAUGUUGAGGUGCACAAGGACGUGGAUGUAAGAUACACCCCCACACGACAUUGUCUAAGCUGCUUUUUCUUAUGGUCACCCAAUGGGAACCUUAAAACAAAAUGCCAAUGAAUAGGCUGUCACCAGUAUUCGGAUGUUCCUCCUGGACCUCAGAAUCCCUUCACAACCUGGCCAUACGAGCCAACGUCUCCAUGUGCUGAGGAUCUGGAGAUAUGUACACAUGGAGCCACCACUCGUGUCCUACACAUCGAAUGGGUGCUACUAACACAAAGUCCUCUGCUCGUUCUCCAAUGUUUACACCUUGUCACAUAACCGGCUCCUCAGAAGGUGCUCGCACUAAGUCCGGUUAUUUUUUGCUACUAAAAGUUGUGGGUUUUUGUCUCAUAAAGUCUUUGGUUUUGAA